AUGCGCAACAGCCAUUAUGAGCUAUGUGGUAACGACUGUGGCCACACCUGUGCUAGCAGCAUUGAUGCCAGCUGCGGGCAGGUUUGCUCUGAGGGAUGUUUCUGUGAUGAAGGUUUUCUCAGGAGUGGGACAAAGUGUGUCCCAGAGGAAAAAUGUGGCUGUCAAUAUGACGGGUCCUACUAUGAAGCUGGUGACUCCUUCUGGACCGAGGGUUGCUCACAGCAAUGUGAAUGCCAUGCUCCCAAUGACCUGCGCUGUUCUGCUGCAUCUUGCACUUCAACACAAGAGUGCACCAUCAGGAAUGGCCAGCUGGGCUGCUUUGAUGAUAUGUCCACUUGCACUGUGUGGGGGGACCCACACUACAUCACCUUUGAUAACAAGGCCUAUAACUUCCAGGGAACCUGCCGUUAUGUGUUGGCGACUCUUUGUAAUGACACUGAUGGGCUCAAUGACUUUUCAGUGGAGGCUAAGAAUGAGCAGUGGAGAGGGUUGACAGUUUCAACGACAGCCGAAGUUUUUGUAAAUGUGUGGGGCUAUCGAGUGCAUAUGUCACGGGAGAGCCACGGUGUGGUACAAGUGAAUGGAGUAACUAAAACCUUACCUAUUCUCUUGAAUGGAAGUCGAGUUUCUAUCUAUGCAAGUGGAUCUCACACAUUCCUCAGUGCUGAUUUUGGCCUGAUUGUCAAGUACGAUGGACGGUAUACAGUGUCUAUCACUUUGCCUUCAAGUUACAGAGGAAAAACAUGUGGACUUUGUGGAAACCUCAAUGGAAAUCCAAACGAUGAAUUCCACACCCCAUCUGGAAUGAUGGUCACCACUCCACAGGAGUUUGGGACAGCUUGGAAAGUGGCAGGAGAAUACGCCUGCAGUGAUGGGUGUGGCUCCUCUUGCCCACAAUGCACCAAUGACCUACCUGCUAGAGCCCAAUGCGAUUUGAUUCAGGCGGCUGACGGCCCCUUCGGCUUCUGCCAUGAGCAGGUGGACCCAGCGCCAUAUUUCAAUGACUGUGUGUUCGAUGUAUGUGUUGGAGGAAAUGAUCUUCUAUGCGAGGCCAUUCAAACAUACGUCAGUGCCUGUCAAUCUGCUAAUGUUCAAAUACAGCCAUGGAGACAGAACACCGAGUGCAGUCUUGACUGUGAAACAGCCAUGCGUAACAGCCAUUAUGAGCUAUGUGGUAACGACUGUGGCCACACCUGUGCUAGCAGCAUUGAUGCCAGCUGCGGGCAGGUUUGCUCUGAGGGAUGUUUCUGUGAUGAAGGUUUUCUCAGGAGUGGGACAAAGUGUGUCCCAGAGGAAAAAUGUGGCUGUCAAUAUGACGGGUCCUACUAUGAAGCUGGUGACUCCUUCUGGACCGAGGGUUGCUCACAGCAAUGUGAAUGCCAUGCUCCCAAUGACCUGCGCUGUUCUGCUGCAUCUUGCACUUCAACACAAGAGUGCACCAUCAGGAAUGGCCAGCUGGGCUGCUUUGAUGAUAUGUCCACUUGCACUGUGUGGGGGGACCCACACUACAUCACCUUUGAUAACAAGGCCUAUAACUUCCAGGGAACCUGCCGUUAUGUGUUGGCGACUCUUUGUAAUGACACUGAUGGGCUCAAUGACUUUUCAGUGGAGGCUAAGAAUGAGCAGUGGAGAGGGUUGACAGUUUCAACGACAGCCGAAGUUUUUGUAAAUGUGUGGGGCUAUCGAGUGCAUAUGUCACGGGAGAGCCACGGUGUGGUACAAGUGAAUGGAGUAACUAAAACCUUACCUAUUCUCUUGAAUGGAAGUCGAGUUUCUAUCUAUGCAAGUGGAUCUCACACAUUCCUCAGUGCUGAUUUUGGCCUGAUUGUCAAGUACGAUGGACGGAGUUUGGGACAGCUUGGAAAGUGGCAGGAGAAUACGCCUGCAGUGAUGGGUGUGGCUCCUCUUGCCCACAAUGCACCAAUGACCUACCUGCUAGAGCCCAAUGCGAUUUGA